UUGGUGCUUAUAAAACGUCUCAUCCACUCAUUUUGUUUUACUUUUACACUAAACUCGGCCGCCGACUAUUCAUAAAAGGAAUACUUAAAAUGGCCACACAGAUGGGAUUCCUAUCUUACGGAGUAAUUUUGACACUUACGGUCUUAACUGUGUUAUUGCCAAUACUGACGACAGGAAACGUCAUAGACCAGAGAGUACUGCAGAGAGAACUCGGAGAAAACUCUCCAGAAAUGAUGUCAAUGAGCGACAAGGAUGAUUUCCGCGACAUUGAAGAACCGGCUGUCAAUGAUUAUACCAUAAAAACUAAGAGCGAAGACCAAAACCUCGAGAAUGCGAUGAUCGACUAUCUGUUUGCCAAACAAAUGAUGAACAGAAUACGCGCCCGGACGAAUUCGUAUCGUUCGCAGAAGAGAAGUUAUUGGAAGCAAUGUGCUUUCAAUGCGGUUUCGUGCUUCGGUUAAUUAUGACGUGUGAACGCAUAAUAUAUAAGAUCGUAUUAUACAUCAUUUACGGCAGCACGUUAGCCCUUCAUAUAAUAACAAUAUACAACGCUUUUUAAUAUUCAACUAUUUAUUUCGAUUAUAAUAUUAUAUUAGGUAGGUAACUGUAGUUAUUUGCAUCCAUAUAGACAUCUAUAAUGUUUACUGUUUAUUAAACUAUACCUAUUAUGCCAAAACCUAUCAUUAAAUUAUUCUCGUGUAGCAAAAAUAACAAUAAUUAUUAUUUAUGUAAUAACAUAUAGGUACCCACUACGCAUAUUACCUACUUUGGCAAGAUUAAUAAUAAUUUAUAAUAAUUUAUAUUAUAAUAUAAUAUAUACGUUCGUUUAUA